CUGCCAAAAUGCUGACCCGAGCAGAACCCAGCGCGACGCCCCACGCCGAGCCACUAUUCGCAGAGCCCAUACAGAACAUAACGGUGCCUGUUGGACGAAAGGUGACCUUGUCUUGCGUCGUCGACAACCUCAACAACUACAGGGUGGCCUGGAUGUUCGUGGAGAAGUUCACGCUACUGACACUCGCCAAGAGUGUGAUCACGCACAACUCCCGCUUCAAGGUGACGCACAACGGCCAUCGCACCUGGCACCUGCACAUCCACGACGUGCAGGAGCGUGACCGGGGCGCCUAUAUGUGCCAGAUCAACACGUCGCCCAUGAAAUCGCAGGUCGGAUAUCUCAACGUGGUCGUGCCGCCCAAAAUCGACAACCACCUGACGAGCGACAGCACAGAAGUGGCUGAAAGCGGUGAUGUGGCGCUGCGCUGCAUCGCGAAUGGGACACCGGAACCGGAAAUCACAUGGCGCAGAGAGGACGCCCAGCACAUCGCACUCGAUCCAUCUAGGAAAGCAUUGUCGGUGAAAGGUACUUGGCUGAACAUCACGAAGGUCUCCCGCCUGCACAUGAGCGCCUACCUGUGCAUUGCCUCCAACGGUGUGCUGCCCUCGGUCAGCAAGCGGAUCAUCCUUGAAGUCAGCUUCGCGCCCAUGAUCUGGAUCCCGAAUCAGCUGGUCGGCGCGAGCAUCGACUCGGACGUGACCCUGGACUGCAACCUAGAGUCGCACCCAAGAUCGGUCACCUACUGGACCCGCGGCGCGGACCGCGUGAUACAUCAGAACGUCAAGCACUCCGUGGUCACCAUGCAGCAUGCCAUGUACAAGGUUCGCAUGCAGCUCGUCAUACACCGACUCAAGCCAGACGACUACGGGGAGUACCACUGCGUCGCCAAGAACACGCUCGGAGAGACCAAAGGCACGGUCAAUCUCUACGAGAUUCCUGCAAGCUCCGCACCUACAUCCCACUCGACGCUAGUCCCCAAAGGUGUCCGCGGAAAGUUACUUGACAAAGAGUGGAAGAACUCGCCGCAUUCGCGUAGCUCUGGCUCCUCACACGACUGGCGACAGAACUUGUACAGCAACCAGACGGAUCCUUGGUCUCCACUUUCGCCUGCUGUGGUGAACCUUAAAGCCACUGCAAACUGCGGUGCGUGUCCCAGCAUUACAAGCUCGACACUUCCCGCCAGGCUGCUCGUGAGUGCCUUAUCACUACUGGCAACCGCAGUUUCGUGAUCGCUGGCACAGAAGCCUUCGAAAUAAAAUCUUCGUCACAUACGUCUCACUUCUGUGCCAGGCUCUCCGGGAGGCAUGUCCAGCUACUGCCAAGACACGUGCAACCACUGUGUGCGUGUGUGUGUGUGUGUGGGUGCGCGCAUGUGAUAAACUCCGUGAAAAAGUCUCGGUUCGGGUUCCUCGUCGAAUAUUCCAACAGAUUCACCAUCGAUGAGUACCACACGUCCUCUCCGUUGUUUCCUCCGAGCUCGGCGUCACGAAAACACCAACUUCAACCAGUGUCGUGAGCACCAGGACUUUCGUAGACAUUCAAUGAAGCCUGCUUUCAUGGACCUAAUACAUAUCGCCCAGUGUUCCUAAGGAAAUGUUCUUCCUUUUCCAUUUCCUUUUUAUGAAAGAAAAAAAAAACCUGUCUACUGUCUGCUCGUUGCAUUGCUACAGCGUAAU